ACUUUGGGCGGGAAGGCUGGGUUCAGCAUUGACUUAAAGGAGGCCCACAGAGUUAGGAGGCCCAGAGGAAGGGAUUCCACCCAGCUGGGGGGAUAAAAAAAGGAAGAAGCAAGGUGAGAUCUGGAGCUAGAUAGAUACUUAGGGUUUUGAUAAAUGGAGAUUAGUUGGAUGGCACUUUGUGUGAAGGGAACAGUGGAGAUGGGGAGGCUGGAGAGGGAGUCUGGCUCUCUGGCUGCCACUGGCUAUGUAGGAGUCUCCACGUCUUGGGAAUGUGUGACGAAAGAGGAAGGGGCAAGGGCAGAGUGGCCCUGGUGUACUUCAGAUAGGGCUGGAGGGCUUGGCAGGGGUCUUGAAUGUCAGGAAAAGGGUUUGGGCCUUUCCCCCAAAGGGCAGAGGAAUGGAGAGAAGGAUGUAGUCAGAGCCACUUGUUAGCAAGCCCCCCGCACCAUGGGCAGAGUCCAGCCCAGGAAGAGGCUGGGGUCUGGUCUGGUCCAGAACUUAGGACCCAAGAGCUAGUGACAGAUGUCAGCGCCAAGGUCAGCUGCUGCCUGGAGGUGGGAGCCAAGAGCACCCUCCUUGAGGCCAGCCCCUGCCAGGAACUGGGAGAACAGCUCAGCUCUCCUAGGUCCUCAGAAAAUAGACAAAGGAGCCGGGGUGAUGGUCAGGCCUCUUUCCUGACACAGCCCUGAAGGUUUUCCCAGACAGCUGUGCACUGGAUCCCCUCCUGCAGCCCUCUGCCUCCUUCCAAGGGGGAGGGGAGGGGGUCCCAGGAGGAUCAGUCUCACCAGGGUGUGCGAGUGGCAGACUGCUGUCCCCACUCAUCUGAGACAGAGGGCUGUCCCUGGGGGUGGGAUCUGAGGGUGAAGGCCUCCCAAAGGAAGGUUGAGGGAUGCAGCACCCCUCUAACAUGUUCUCCUCCUCACCACAACCUUCUUCCCUUGCAGACUGGUCUCCUCAGACCCUGUGUGAGGAGAGGGGUCAGGGAGGGGCAGAGGCUUCGUCUCAAAGGCCAGCCCCACGGAACCAGCAGUUUUCUUUUUCCUCAGAUUUCUUUGUCAGACCCUGUGUGAGAGGAGAUUGGUCUGCAGGAACAGAGGGUUAUGGUGAGGAGGGGAACAUGGUAGAGGGGUGCUGUGUCCCUCAACCUUCCUCCUCACCCGGAGUGUCCUCCCACCCUUCUCCACCCAUGGAAAUCCUGGUCAACCACCCAGGCCUUGCUCUGUCUUUCAUUCUGCUCUGAAAAGUCUCUUCCACCAGGUGGUUCACACUGGUCUCCUCCAUCAGACUAGCAUAUCUGUAUCUGUAUCCCCAUAUCUCCAUGUCCACCUAUACACUAUGCCCUCAUGUAUCUAGCUGGUAGAGAGGACUCAGUGAAUCCCUGUCAUGUGGAAACAAGAGAAUGAACAUGUGAAUGAGAAUGGCCCGAACCAAUGAAUGAAGAGAUGAGCAGACGUUCUCUGCCUGUGCUCAUCCUGGCUUCAUGGCUAUGCUGUGGGGGGCUGCUAUGUUUCUUCCUCUGGUCUCCUCGUCGUUCCUACCUUGUCCUAGCUGGGCACCCAGCACUCCUAGCAUACGGUCUAAAGCCCCACAAAGAAUCUUUGGUAACUGAGGGUGACAUGGGAUGUGGGCUGCAGACAGAGAAUCCAACAUUAUCAUUUUGCCCAGAAUUGGGGUAAAAUAGCUUCACCAAAAUGAAAUGGUAAGUUGGGAAGAAUGUAUUUUUCUCUAAUAUAACUUUUUUAAAUCCCAUAACCUUACUUAGUAGGUAUAUUAAGAACAGAAAACACUUGGCCCCAUGCCAAGCACUGAUCUUCACAACAAUCUUAUAAGGCAGGUACUAUCUCAUCUCAUUUUACAGAUGGGGAAUCUGGAGGACAGAGGUUAACUAGUAUGCCCAAGACCACAUAGCUCAUCCGUGGCAUAGCUGGGACUUGAACCUAAGCAUCUGGACCAGAGUCCAUAUACUUUGCCUGAACCCUUUACCACCCACUGAGUGCAUUUGCAGGACUUCAUAUUUUUUCUGGGCCUCAAUUUUUCCCGUCUGUAAAAUGGGAAAAGAGGAGGAUUAGAUUCAUUAUCUCAAAGGCCCAUUGGAUUUUAGUUGUAAAUUUUCUCUAGACACCAGUAAUAUGGCAAUGUCAGUUUAGAGGUGAGUGUCUAGCAGUCAGACUUACCCCAUCAGGGAACCCCUUAGGGUAUUUGUGCUGCUGGCUCUCCCAAAACCCAGCCCGAAAGAAUGAGAGGAGGGACAAGAUGUAGAAUGCAAUGGCAUGGCAUUUAUUGAGCACUACUGAAUGUCAUCACCACACAUUUCACUGAUGAGGACGCUGGCCACAUCACUUAUGAGGACACUGUGACAUGACCUGUUUCACACAGCACGUAAGUGGGGGAGCAACAUUUAAACCCAGGCCUGCCUAGCUCUGAAGUUGGUCAUGUAAACUCUACAUCUCAUGUCUGUGGGCUACACUAAGCUGCCUUUUCUGGACUGGGCAGUUGGGUUCUGGUUCUGACUCUGCUCUGACUUACGAAGAAAGGAGCAGUCCCUGCCCCUCACUGUGCCUGGAUUUCCAUCUCUGUAAAGUAAACAGAUGACUUGGUCCCUCACCCAUCCGCCUUCAGGGACGUUGUUUUCACUCUGGGCACUAGCAGGCGCUGUGUUGUCAGAGGCUCUGCCAAACCUGCCUUUGUAGCCUCAAGUGGAACCAGGCCUUGGGGAACUGGGUAUCACCUCCUUCCCCUAUUUUACAGAUAACAAGACCUCUGCCAGAAGAACCAUGGCUUUGAAAGGUGGAGUUCAGGCUGAGGAGAUGGGUGCGGUCCUCAGUGAGCCCCUGCCUCCCUGAACAUAGGAAACUCACCUGAGCAGCCAUGGAGUGGGACAAUGGCACAGGACAGGCUCUGGGCUUGCCACCCACCACCUGUGUCUACCGCGAGAACUUCAAGCGACUGCUGCUGCCACCUGUGUAUUCGGCGGUGCUGGCGGCUGGCCUGCCGCUGAACGUCUGUGUCAUUACCCAGAUCUGCACGUCCCGCCGGGCCUUGACUCGCACGGCUGUGUAUACCCUAAACCUCGCCCUGGCCGACCUACUGUAUGCCUGCUCCCUGCCCCUGCUCAUCUACAACUAUGCCCAAGGUGACCACUGGCCCUUUGGCGACUUCGCCUGCCGCCUGGUCCGCUUCCUCUUCUACGCCAAUCUGCAUGGCAGCAUCCUCUUCCUCACCUGCAUCAGCUUCCAGCGCUACCUGGGCAUCUGCCACCCGCUGGCCCCCUGGCACAAACGUGGGGGCCGCCGGGCCGCCUGGCUAGUGUGUGUAGCCGUGUGGCUGGCUGUGACAACCCAGUCCCUGCCCACAGCUGUCUUUGCUGCCACAGGCAUCCAGCGUAACCGCACCGUUUGCUAUGACCUCAGCCCGCCUGCCCUGGCCACCCGCUAUAUGCCCUAUGGCAUGGCUCUCACUGUCAUCGGCUUCCUGCUGCCCUUUGCUGCCCUGCUGGCCUGCUACUGUCUCCUGGCCCGCCGCUUGUGCCGCCAGGAUGGCCCAGCAGAGCCUGUGGCCCAGGAGCGGCGUGGCAAGGCAGCCCGCAUGGCGGUGGUGGUGGCCGCUGCCUUUGCCAUCAGCUUCCUGCCUUUCCACAUCACCAAGACAGCCUACCUGGCAGUGCGCUCAACGCCAGGCGUCCCCUGCCCUGUGUUGGAGGCCUUUGCAGCGGCCUAUAAAGGCACACGGCCGUUCGCCAGCGCCAACAGCGUGCUGGACCCCAUCCUCUUCUACUUCACCCAGAAGAAGUUCCGCCGACGACCACAUGAGCUCCUACAGAAACUCACAGCCAAAUGGCAGAGGCAGGGUCGCUAAGACCUCCAGGGCCUGGGCAGCUUUCAUGUUUGCCAUUGUGUCCAGGGCACCAGGAGCCCCACCAACCCCAAAGCAUGCAGAGAAUUAGAGCUCAGCUCAGCUGGGCAUGGAGUAAGGUCCCUCACAGGACCCAGAAGCUCACCAAAAACUAUUUCUUCAGCCCCUUCUCUGGCCCAGGCCCUGUGGGCAUGGAGAUGGACAGACCUGGGCCUGGCACUUGAGAGGUCCUAGUCAGCCAUAGAGAGCUGGGGAAACCACAUUAAGGUGCUCACAAAAAUACAGUGUGACGUGUACUAUCA